GAUCAGUUGCCCAGUAGGUAGCAGAAGUUGAGAGUGAUUAUGUUUUUAUUAUUUAAAAAGUAACUUUGAAGUCGUUAAUGGCCAAUUCUUUGGCAAUAAUAAUGGCAGCCGAACAUUUAAAGAAGCUAAGAAACCGUUGAGGAGCAGCAUUUAAAGCAAUUCGCUACAUCACGUUUCCAACAAAGAGAGAAAAUAGAAGAAUACCCAAGAAAUUGGCUCUAUUUUCCAUGGCCACCAAAAUCUCUCUUUCCCCCAUCAUCCUCAUCAUUUGCUUUCUACCCUCUUUACCCUCUUUUUUCUGCUGCUUAAUAACAGUUUUAGCGACGGAAUUUCAAUUACCCGUUGAGUUUAUUACCUUCUCGGAGGCUUUUGUUUAACACUCCUAAUUCUGGUCUUGUCUGCAAUGGCGAGCGAUACCGCUCUGCGAUUAUCGAUGGUGUGGUUGGCGGCGGUGAUUGUGGUUGUUGGGAUAUGGACGCAGUCGUUGAAGAAGAUGAUGGUUACUUACGUGGUGGGUAUGCUUGGGAUUGGUGGGGUGCUUUUGCCGGACUGGGAUUUCUUUGAUCGGGAUUUCUCUAGGUGGUGCUCCCCUGUCACUGCCGACGAAAGAGAAGCUGCUCUUGCUCAAAGAUCUGGACUAAGAAGGUAUAGAAUCUACCCCUUGAGGCUGAUCUUAUACAGCACAGUAUAUGGGUUUGCUCUAUACAAGUGGUGGAUGUUCAUAUCAAGCUAAAAAAGCUUACAAAACCAAGUGAAGUGGCAAUGAUUUCCGAAGCAAUUUGUAAAAUGUACAUUUUCUUGAUUGUAUUUAUUUCUUCUUGAUGGAUGAUUUGUUUAAAUUCAUGUUUACUGUCAGCAAUUUCUCCCGCUCAAGUUCUCUCCGGCUUGUUGCCAUUCUUCCACUGUACUGAUCCAGAGAUAGUGAGAGGAUACUGCAUAUUUACAUUUAAAAAAACUAUAAAACAUGCUACUCUUUCUCAUUUGUUUUCUCUUUGGAGAAUAAGUAUGCUGUCCAUUCUUUCUGGAACAAAAACCCUGUUAAUUUGUGUAAAUACUUUGACUCUGUAAUGCUUAUGAGCAAAAUUGGUUUGA